AUGGAAGAGAUUCUCACCGCCGCUCAUCUCUUCACUUCCCAGUGCUUAAUUUUCAGGUCACUUUUCAAAAGAUCCUUUUCCGAUGGCAACAUUCUUUGGCCGAGUUGGUCACCCGAGUCCGCCAAAAAUGUCAAGCAAGAGGAAUCUUUAAAUUCAAUUUUGCCCGGCCUUAGUCCUCGCCCGAGAUAUCAACUUGUGAAAGUGCCGGCAUAUUCAAGGUGUACACACUCAAUGCCUCCAAGGAAGCUGUUUGGAAAGGCACAGAGAGACUGCUGUCUCGAAACCGGCUGCAUUUUCUUCUCUGAAUGUGGAGAUGGAUUCAAUUGCUCGAACUUUGUUGACCCGGAAUCUCUUUCAUCAUCUGAAAAUUCUUGCGAGGACUAACCUUCUGAUCGGUACUCCUUCCUUUUCCGUAGCUCAUGGAUAUUCUAAAGCUCAAAUUUCACAUGCUUUAUAAGUCAUUCUCUUGGGCAUCUUCAGGUCGAUGAGCUCUUCACUUGCCGGUCUUUCAUCCAAGAAUGUUGUUAAUGGUGUAUUGGGGGAAGCAAUGUCACACCCAAAAUAUGGGUCAAACUAUAAGUUUUUGAAACUUAUAGACAA